AGUAACGUUAUAGAGGCUUUUCUGCAUCAAAUUACGAAUCUUCACGGAUGCUGCAGAGUGUGUCGGAGAGACGCAAACAGACGCUUUGUGUUUCUACAUCUACUUUUAGCCCGUGUUUCUGUAGGAUUAGAUGGGAACGUAUGAAUUCCGUGCUAUUUGGUGGUCCCUUUGUAUUUGCCUGUGCUGUCUUGGGCGACAACAAAGGAAAGAUAGCUAGUGUAAUUUCAGUUGUUUGGACCUGCAGGAGGUUUGAUCCGACUCGGCAGCCUCUGUGGAGUUAAUUUUUUGUGUAGCGUUAGCAGUGCUCAGCUGAAUGCAGCCGACGUUAGUUAAAUCCAGAAGGUUUUCGAUGGUAAUCGGUGCGUUGUGAUGUUUAUAUCCAUCAUUACUGAGGAUGCACAAUGGGUUUCAACUCAAACUUAGGGUGAACGUAAUGCCAGUGUAAAUAGGUCAAUUUUCUGGUCAACUGCGGACUAUUACAGAGAAUGAAAAUUGUGACGCAGUUGUGUAAAACAUCUUUGACUGCCUGCUGCAGCAGUGCUGUCGGGCUUUGCGGCACAUACAUCAGCUGCUGCAAAACGUCUGCGCAAUGGUUAUGUGCCAGUAGGCAAACGAUGUUAGAUUUUUUUUAAGACAAUGUAAAACGCAUUCAAUCAGUAGGGGUAAAUGUUGGUGGGGUAGAGGGGUCUGAGAGAAAUAGUUGUUUUGUUAAGCCUUGGGAAUUGUAGUUUAGUUUCCCAACCAGCGCUGAGUUGUAAAUGGCCUCUUUAAAGGAAAUGGACUACAACACCCAUACGCCCAACUCUCUAGAUACUUUGUAAACUCUGUGCAAGUUGCGCGUCUGCACUGCUAUUUUAGGUAUGCAGCUAAUGCUAUCUGGUCGGCAGUGUGUUUUUUGUCUGGUUUGGCCGAUUGAAAUCAAUUAAAAGCAACGGGAUUUGAUGACAGCCUUUAAACGGAGUUGCACAGAUGACAUUUGGAGACAAGGUAGCAUGCAUUAUCAGAUUUGAUCGAGUUUGCAUGUCUGUCGAGGAAUGCAGAGAAUCACUCCCUCAUCCGUAUUUACAGCUGAAUUCCCACUUGACUACACUGGCCAGCAUCCAUAAGAUCCACCACACCUUGCACAGGCUGAACCUGACAGAAGACGUUGGACAGGAUAGCCACCCCUCAGCUUGUUGCUCGAGAGCCAUGCCUCCUAGGAAAAAGAGGAGACCCUCUGCUGGAGAUGACAUGUCAGCCAAGAAAAGUCGGCAGGACAGUGUUUUCAGAAAACAUGAAACGUCACAAAUCCGCGAGGAGGAGACAUUUUCCAGUAAAAGAUGCCUGGAGUGGUUCUAUGAAUAUGCAGGCUGUGAUGACGUGGUGGGUCCAGAGGGCAUGGAGAAGUUCUGUGAGGACAUUGGAGUGGAGCCAGAGAACGUGGUGAUGCUGGUUCUUGCUUGGAAGCUGGAUGCCCAGAGUAUGGGAUAUUUCACUCUUCAGGAGUGGCUGAGAGGCAUGGGCUCGCUGCAGUGCGACUCCACAGAGAGGCUGAGGAACUCGCUCGACUACCUGAGAUCUGUCCUAAAUGACAGCACCAGUUUUAAGCUCAUUUAUAGAUAUGCCUUUGAUUUUGCUCGGGAAAAGGAUCAGAGGAGUUUGGACUUGAACACAGCCAAGUGUAUGCUGGGGCUUCUUCUGGGAAAGACGUGGCCGCUGUUUCCUGUGUUUAAUCAGUUUCUAGAGCAAUCCAAGUACAAAGUCAUCAACAAAGACCAAUGGUGCAAUGUUUUAGAGUUCAGCAGGACAAUCAACCUGGACCUCAGUAACUACGACGAGGAUGGUGCCUGGCCAGUUUUGUUGGACGAGUUUGUGGAAUGGUACAAGGAAAGACAGAUGUCAUAGGCGCAGAGCAGAAAGGAAAAUGGAAAAAAUACAACUGUGACAACAACGACUAUGAGAAUCAACAACCAAUAAGUAAACAAUACAAAAAUGGUAAAGCAGUGACUGUGGGUGCUUCCUGGUAGAGGAGGGGUUCGGGCUGUGGGUGGGCUAGGGUGGGGGCGCUGGGUUUGCAGCCUGGGUGCAUGCUGCCCAGAGCGAGGAGGCGGAGGGCUGCCAUUGUGGAGUUAUGUUCCCGACCGAAGUUGCAUAGUGGGCAAGCUUGCAGCAAUCCCCGGUGGCAUUGCUCUCUCUCACUGUGACAUGUCAUAUUGCUGUCUGUGUUAGGAUAACAUGGUAUCAUACGUGGACGAUGGAAGCAAAAUGGUAUUGUGUGGGAGAACCACUCCUCACCCCCUGUCUUCAGCACAGAGAAACCAACAGUGACCAUUCAUGCAUUGUGUCUGAGUCUUAAACAGGGUCACUCUGACCUGGGCACAUCUAAAUAUUAUAUAUCUGUGCAAUGAACUUGAACUUGAGCUUUUCUGGACAGAUGGCACUAACUAUUGUUUGUCAUAUUUUGAGUUAGGUAGGAGUUCCUCAAGAAGCACACUGUGUCAAAUGGUUGAUCGCAGGUCUCUGGUACCUGUGCUGUUUACUAUUGAUUUGUGCCAGUGAUUUUUUUCCCCCCUUUCUUUUUCCCCUCCAGUUUUUGUUCCCUCCUGCUGUUUUGCUCCAGCUAAUGCUAACAGUUUGCUCACUCCCUGCAAAGGCUUCAGACCUCAUAGCACCAAACAAAUCAGCAUUGCUGCUUACUAACUCUUAUUACAGUACAGCGGUGAGCCACUAGUGCUCUGAUCAGCAUUUAUUGGUCCAACGACCGAUUUAUGUAUCUACGUUCUGUAGGUAAGAGUAUUAUUGUGCCUCAAAACAUGGAAGUCACUUUGUGUGUCCCACACACAUACCAACAAACCCAAAUGUAUAUACACGUGUGAGAACACAUACAACACAUGCACACGCAGACACACUGAGUGGUCAGGGAUUACUUCAGGAUGAAUUCAGACUGUUUGGGCUGUGUUAUAAGUUGACAUAGAGCUUGUUGGUGUCCAUUUUGUCUUGAUGUGUGGCAUCUGUUUUGUCCUCCUUAGUCCACUGAUAGUUUCAGGUCUCCUCUUACUAGUAGCAUCUCUCCCAACACUGACAGUGUUAAUAUAACUACAGUGGAAGACCAGUGACCCUCUCAGGACGAGGUCCUUAAGGCUUGAGUAGAAAGGUAGGUUUGCUGAAAGCAUUGCUUUGUACCACCCGUAGGAUCUAAUCAAAACAGUGGACACUGACAGUUUGGAACUGUGUGAUGAUGCUAUGCUGUUCUUUUUGCCUAGUAUAAUGUUCUUGUAACACAUGUAUAAAUUUUUGUCUUUGGCUGUGGUGUGACGCUGAAUCGUCAGAUUUAAUAUUUGCAUGCAUGCUCCAACAGAGCCUUUUGUGAAUGGAUGAGAUUUUUUGAAAACAUUUUUCAAACACGUUUUUGUUUUGUACAGAAAUUUGUGCAAGUGUUUUGUGCUUAAUUUGAUAUUCACGAUCAUGUUAUCUUAAUUCUGAUAAACAACAUGAUUGUGUCUAUUAAGACCUGGAACACACCUGUAACCUCACGGUGGAGCAGGAGUUCCCUCCUGCAUUAACCCCAUCUUAGACAUCCUUACACGUGCUGUAAGCUCCGCAGAGCUGCAGCCAGUAUACAGGAUGGAGUUUUAUUUAUUUACACUGUCAUGAUACCCAGGAAACACACAUUGAAAUUUGUUGUGAAGAUAAAAUACAUCAGCUCUCAUGUCAUUGAAAUCCACCACAGCUGAAACUAUAUGAAAGCCUCUAAUGUCAUUAUAAUGCAUCCACCAUCAGCAUAACAUCUAAGAUUGAGGUAGUUGUUGGAUUGCUUACCAAAUACUGUGUAGAGAUCAAUGUUUUAGUAUUCUCCCAUGACAAUGCAGGAGGAUGAACACCCUUGUCCCAACUGUAUAUAUGUAUGUAAACUAUGUAAGUGUCUAUAUGUCUGUUUUCACUAUAACCUAUGUCUAUAUACAUAAAUAAAAGGGUUUAUUAAC